AUGGAGUCGCUGGCCGCCGCCAGUCAGCUGGGAACUGGGAGAGACUCUGGCUCCUCCUCCUCCUCCUCGCCCCACUCCAAGCAGGAGCUGCAGCCUUACUCGGGCGCCAGCCCCCUGAAGCCCAACCAAGUCGGGGAGACCUCCUUGUAUGGCGUGCCCAUCGUGUCGCUCGUCAUCGACGGGCAGGAGCGCCUGUGCCUGGCGCAGAUCUCCAACACGCUGCUCAAAAACUACAGCUACAAUGAGAUCCACAACCGUCGGGUCGCGCUGGGGAUCACCUGCGUGCAGUGCACCCCGGUGCAGCUGGAGAUUCUCCGUCGGGCCGGCGCCAUGCCCAUCUCCUCGCGGCGCUGCGGCAUGAUCACCAAGCGGGAAGCCGAGCGCCUUUGCAAGUCCUUCCUGGGCGAGCACAAGCCGCCCAAGUUGCCGGAGAACUUCGCCUUCGACGUGGUGCACGAGUGCGCCUGGGGCUCGCGCGGCAGCUUCAUUCCGGCCCGCUACAACAGCUCGCGGGCCAAGUGCAUCAAGUGCAGCUACUGCAGCAUGUACUUCUCGCCCAACAAGUUCAUCUUCCACUCCCACCGCACCCCCGAGGCCAAGUACACGCAGCCCGACGCCGCCAACUUCAACUCGUGGCGCCGCCACCUCAAGCUCAGCGACAAGACGGCCACCGACGACCUCAGCCACGCCUGGGAGGACGUCAAGGCCAUGUUCAACGGCGGCACUCGCAAGCGGACCUUCUCCUUACACGGGGCGGGCGGCGGCGGCGGCGGCGGAAGCGCCUCCCAUGCGGCCAAGAGCGCCCUUCACCCGCCGCCGCCCUCCUCCACAGACCUGCCCCCGGUGCACAAGAGCCUGCGCUGCAGCGGCGCCGAGGAGCAGCCCGGGGAGCGCGGCGGGCUGGGCUUGCCCACGGGGGCGCACGGGCCGGCCGCCGCCGUGCGAAGCUACCCGGUCAUCCCGGUGCCCAGCAAGGGCUUCGGGAUGCUGCAGAAGCUGCCGCCGCCUCUCUUCCCGCCCCCCUACGGCUUCCCCGCCGCCGCCUUCGGGCUGUGCCCCAAAAAGCAGGACGAUUCCCUGGGAGGCGCCGGAGGAGGCGACCAGGUCAAAGCCGGUGCUUUGCCGCAGGGCAUGUUUUGGGGGCCGCCGCACCCCCACCCGCCCCAGCCUCAGCAGCAGCCGGGGGGCUCGGCUAAGGACAGCGGAGUCUACCCGUCCUUCCCCAUGUUCUGGCCGGCCUCCGGGAGCCUCCCGGUGCCGCCCUACCCAGCCCAGAGCCAGGCCAAGGCGGCUGCCACGGCGGUUGUUGUGGCCGCCGCCGCAGCCGCCGCAGCCGCCGCAGUAGAACCUCUGGGCCUGCGGAGCCACGGCCACGUGGAGCUGGAAGGGUCGGAACCGUCGGGCAGCGAGCGCAGCAGCGCCACCCCACAGGAAGGCUCGGGCUCCGGGGCCGCCGACGGCGAGCGCUGCUCCAGCGCCCUCUCCAGAGCUGCGGCCGUCGGGGAGGAGGAGCGCUCCGGGGACGAAGCCUUGCUGCCCCCGCUGCCCCUGCCCAGGAAAGGCAGCUACCUGUCGGCCUUCCGCCCCGUCGUGAAAGACGCGGAGAGCAUAGCCAAGCUCUACGGGACCCGCGAGGCCUACGGAGGCCCCACCGGCUGCCCGGGCUACCUCUCACCGGACUUCCUCAGCGAGGGUAGCUCCAGCUACCGCUCCCUCUCUCCGGGCAACGACACGGUGGACGAGCCCGAGGUGGACGUCGAAUCCAACCGCUUUCCCGAGGACGAGGACGAGGAAGAGGUGCCCGUCGAGGAAGCCGAGGAAGCCUCUCCGCCCCAGCAGCUUCUCUUGACCGAGACCGAGGAGCCUCUUGCAGCCGUUGGCAGCGUCGGCGUCCUGGCGGCCGCAGAGAAGCCUGCGGAGAAGGCCCUGGAGCCCGAAGGGAGCCCCCCGGCCAGGAGCAACAGCAGGGGCGGCUAUGAGGUGCGAGGAGGGGUGAUAUGGGGAAGCGGGGUGGGAACCAAGGGCGGCGAUGCCAGUUCCUGACCCUCCCGUCCUCGCCCCGAAUUCCACCACGACGGAGAGAGCGUGAGUCGCUCAGAUCUAGGUCUGGGCGGCUCUCCAGCGCCGGAGUGGGAGGUCGCGCGCGCGGCAGGGGGUGUUAUUGAGAGACUUUCUCCCAGCCGUGGCCGCCAGAUGCAGGUGGGUGGAUGGUUUAGGACAGGACCUCGGGCUUGUGGGACCUUCUACUUCGUUAUUCUUGCUGAUUUUCCAUAACCUUUGCGCAAAAUACAGUAGUGGCUAAGAAGUAGGGAGGCUGGGAGCCCAGGCUCAGCCCAGCAAUGCAUGUUCCUAAUCAGAUGGGAGCUUGCAGUCCUGCCCGAUAAGGACCCCCUGCCCUCCUCCACCCCGUUACUUGAUAUAAGCAGGCAGGUGGGAAGACGGACCGUUUGUAGUUUGUUAAACAAUUGGGAGUCUGAGUGUUCCCUGGUCUAGAAGACCAAGAGUAAGAGGAAAGAGUGACCCUGAGCUCCGAGGUUUUGCUCGCGAGUGCAGCUCUGGAUUUCCCAAUAGGCAGACCAAGCACGUGCUUGGAGCACCAGCAGAACAGGGACACACGCUCACAAACCGAUAUUUUAUUUUAUUUUUAAGAAUUUGACAUUUGAUUUUUUUUUAAAAAAAUGCACCGAAUUGGUUGUCUGUGGUCGGGGAAAAUCAUAACUUUGUUAGACUUCCUUUCAUCCCACUACGCGCACUUCGCCCGCUUUUAGUAUUGUUUUUAUUCUGAGUUACAUACUAGACUGGAGGGGUGCAUCAUAAUCUUCUAAACGCUAAGGGCCUCUUAAUCUGACCCUGCAGGAGCGCAAGGUUUUACUGAACUCGGAUAAAAGUCGCCUGGGGGAGACUGGGAUGCGGGGAGACUCUUCCAAGGGAGAGAGGAAGGAGGUCAGAAACCAAUGGUUGGAUCCAGCACCAGUCCUCGUCAGAGCAGACCCAUGAAAAUUAAUGAACACGACUAACAUAGGUCUAUUCAUUUCAAUGGGUCUACUCUGAGUAAAACUUAAUUGCGUGCGACCGAAUGGCUUUCAGUUGCAUAUUGGAAAGAAGUCCGAGAGGUUUAAAAGUUGUUUUUUUAUCUGCUCAAGUAGGUUGUGGAAUUAUCAAUUUUUUUAAAAAAAAGACAGGCCAGGUAAGGAAAGGAUGCUGGACCAAGUAACCCCACUUCAGUUGCAAAUUUCUUCCCACAUUUUCAGGAGAAAGGCCGGGCCGUAGCUCAGGGGUAGUUUAGAAGACCUGGUUUGCAUGCAGAAAGUCUCAGGUUGAAUCCCGGAACCUCCAGGUAAAGCUAGGAGGAGAGAUCCCCGUUUCUCAACCCUGGAGAGCCGCUGCCAGUCAGUGUAAGUAAUACUGAGCUAGAUGAGCCAAUGACCUGACUUGGUAUGAAACAGCUUUCCAUGUCCCUGGGCAAACUCAGCACAAGUUAGUGAGACCCUCCUAACUCUGCACUCUUAAUAACGCAUUGAUGGGAUAUCCGUGGGCUUGAGCCAGGCCAGCCCUGAACCACGUGAUACGAUUCUCCAUGACUGUACCUGCCUGGGCUGGGAGAACGCGGUGGGUUGACCCUGAUCGCAGCCGAAGUGUCAAAACCUUUCCAGUUCCGUUAAUUUACGGCUCGGAUUUGAAAGUGUGCAUCCCACCCGUUGCCAAAAGACCGCAAAUGCUGCGAAAGCACCGCGCUGCCCUUGCGCUGUCUUCAGCACCGUGGACAGAUCCCAGCUCGCAGCGCCGCGAAGGUUGGGAGUUGGGUUAAAGCUGCUUCCGGACGUCGGAAGACCGGCUGGUGGGCCCCAUCUCUCCCGGAAUCGAGGGGCAGAUGCCAUAGCAGGCAUCUAAUUAAUAUGAAGCCCAGAGGACUUGCCUCGCCCGCCCCAAUUUCUCUAUGGCAGAGGCGGUGGCUUUGAACCAGGUUGCUCCGGCAACAGCUAGAGGGGCGCACCAAGGCAGCGUUUCGAAAGACGCUUCGAAUCAAAUGGAUUUGGGAAGGAAGCCCUCUCCCCACAGAGAGUUUUUAAAUCAUUGUUUAUUUAUUUACCGCGUUUCUGGAGCACCUUUUCCUUCAAGGGGCUCCAGGUGUGGUACAUCCCCCCCCCAUUUAAUGCCAACAACAACCCUGUGAGGUAGACUAGAUUGAGUGAAGGCAGUGACUGGCCCGCUGCUGUAUGAACUGACCCACUUGCAAAGACCCUAAAAGUCUGAGCGCAGUCCUCAGGCAAGAGACGCUGUGCGCGUGGAGCGAGGCAACGCAAGUUUCUAGUCCUCAUCCCGCUCAAAACAGUUGACAAGAGGGAGAAUUAUCGACGCUAGGAAUAAGCGGGAGGACGCUAAUCGAGAUAAUACAAUACGGGGAGGGGUCAAGGGACUGCCACAGCGAGGACUCCCCCCCCCAGCCCGCUUUCUGUGGGGUGGGAGGAGAGCGGUGUCUCGCUUAGCUGAAAAGGAGAGUUCUGCUUUCAAUAUUAGGAAGUAGGUCUCUCUCUCCCUUCCCCUCCCCAUUUUAACUACCUCCGAUGGGACUGGAUCACCAGCAUGAAUCCUCCCUAAAUCCACCCCCACCCACCCCACAGCUUCCUUGGUCCACCCCGCCACACUCUUUAGACACGAAGUGUUUCAGGCACGACCCCUGGGAACCAUAAGGACACGGAUUACCUAGGAAGAGUCGUCACUCCCCCCACCCCCGGAUCUAUUGGCUGAAGCUGAUAGAAUUAAAGUACUGCUAGAUUUGAGGAGCUGAGAAAGGGAAGGUGGGGGUGAUGCCGGGGGGUGUGCAGGUCAGAGGGAAGAGAAGCUUGCAGGCUUUGAAAAACUCUUGAGUUCCAAGGCUGACUUGGAAGGGGGCUAAUUUUCCUCUACCGUCGCCAAUAAAUAUACCUCUAAGAAAAUUGCAGCUGAAGUGGCUUUUUCUGUGCAGGACAAGAGACCUUUUACACACACAGCCGCCGAAAACCCCCCACUCCUUUUCCUCUCCCCAAUGGACAAUUAGUUUUCUGAGUUGAGCUGGAGCGGGGUCUUGUUUUCGGAAAAGCUGGGCGGGGGACAACGAAGAGUUUCCAAUUUGGCAGCGUUUGGAACGCUUUUUUUGGGGGGGGAAGGGUCUCACUUAUUUGCUUUCAGAGAGAUUUUCCCACGGCGGCAUAACUUUAAUUAACAAAUAGAAUAAAAAAUAAACAGUGGAGCAUAGGAAAAAUAAUAAUAAAUGUAACUGUUGCGCUGUUUCUUUCACAGGUGUAUCCGCAAGACAGAGAGGAUCGGUCGCAAGCUCUCAAAGCCAGCACCCCUCUGGGCCCACAGACAACCCCUUACCUCUGCACUCCGGAGAGGAAUGGUAAGUAUGAACCACGUGCCUAGAGAUACUUUGAAGCAUCACGGGCGGGAUUUUUGUUUGAUGCCAAAAGUCUUAAUAAUUGCCUGAAUUGAUGUCAAAACGUUUCCACUUCCUUAAAAAAGUAAUAUUUGGCCAAACGUUUCAAAUAAACCAGGAGUCAUUUUUUUUUUUAAACAAAACUUUCACCUGCCAAUAUUGUUUGUCUAAUAUUGCUAUUGGCUUUAUUUAUUUAUUUGUGGGGUGGGGGGAGGGAGAAAAUAGACUGUGCCCUGCAGGCGUUUAAUCAAGCAUGCUCUUUCCGGGGGUCGUAUUGCAAUGUUUUCAACUCUCCAAAGGAGAGACUCUGCAAAGCCCACUUCUUUGAAGCGCAGCCGACGCCGCGCGCCCACCCCCACCCCAUAGAAGGAGGGCAGCUGGGAACGCUGCUUGAGGAAGGAGUCGGUGGAGGGGGGUGGUGGUUAGAAAACUGGUGGGAUAAAAGCUUCCCAAGGAGCAAGCUCCUUUCCUCAGCAAGGCGAUUAGGCUGUCCCCUAAGAAGGCUUUAACGAGGACUUUGUCCUUAAUUAUGUAAUUAAGGAUAUAUCAGGCUCAUACUUUCGUUGCCUGUGCUGCAAAAUCGGUUUAUUCGCUCUAAGAACCAGAUAAAGAAGACAAUCAUUCGACAGCUGAGGAUUUGGAGAGCAAGAAAUCCUAUCAGAACCAAAGGAGCGUCUCUCAGCCCAGCCCAGCCCACACCGACCGAGGUAAAAUGAUGUGCUGACUUUGGAAAAAGGAGGGUGGGCGGCCCUGAAACCAGCCCUUUCCCAACUUGGUGGCCUCCAGGUUUUGUGGGCUGCAUCACCUCCCCAACUUCCUACGGCCCUGCUGGCUGGGGCUGAUGUGAGUUGCAAUCCAAAACAACUGGAGGACACCAGGUUAGCAAAGGUGUUCUUAAAGGCCCUCUUGCCUCGGAGACCUACCCUGCAGAAGCAGCGGCGCAAAGGAGGUGGAUCAGAGGAUUCCAGGCUAUGCCGCCUGCUCUUGGAGGUGCUUAGCCAUCCGGCCAGGCCAGUUGGCUAAUGGUCAGGUUCACCUUCAACCAAAGGAAACUUCCUGGUGGCCAAAAUUUGCUGAGGAUGUGCCCUCAUUGUCAUCCCUGUUUUCAUUGACCGAGAUAAUAAUAAAUUCCUUCGCAACUGGAAGAGAAGGGUUGGUUGAUGCUGAUUAUUAGCGAAAGACUCGGUGCCUAGAUUUGCUGGGGCUUCUGGAGUUAAAGCCCCUAAAACAGCCUUUCUGGGCUUGAUCCUCUCCAGAUGUUUUGGACUUCAAGUCCCACCAUCCUCAAGCAGUCAUGGUGGGACUCUUUGACCGAAACAUCUGGCUGCACUAAGACGACCACAAACUUAGGAUAAAAGGGAGCAUCAAGACAACCGGGUCUGCUAUGAGUCCUUUUUCUGGCCAGAGGUUUCACUGAGCCUCUGUAUACGGAUAUGGGCUUUGUAAGUGAAAACUUUGCAGUAGUUCCCACUCAUAUUCUGUUAACGGACUGGGAGAGAAAUAGCUGUGAGCGGAAGCAUUUUUACUAUGUACUCAGUGGCAGUGAAAGUACGCACAGCAGAGACACUGAGAUGAAUGGACCAAAGUUAGCCAUGCUCAUUAAUUCCAGUGGGUCAACUCUUGAGUCGAACUGGCAUUGGAAACAACCCUUCGUGUCAAUAGUGGCUAAUAUUGACUUCCCAAGUAAAUCAUGGGGUCCCCCCCCCCGGUCUUCUUAACAACUUCAGCUGCUUUGAAGCCCGCCACCCAGCAGAGCUAUAUAAUGCUGGAACUGAAGGAAGUUGUAGUUGAAAUCAGCUGGGGGCGGGGGGUCGCCAGGUUGGCCAAGGCUGUUUAGGGCUACUUCGAUGGGUAUAUAACUCCAUCCGUCCCAGGGCUUCGGUCUAAAGUUCAAUGUGUGAUGUAGCACCAAUGAAACUUCUCGGAAGUUAAACGUGCGUGUGGCGGAGGAGGGAAAAACGUGAGCCAGGAUUUAUUGGGAGGGGGGCUUUAUCUUAGGGGGGCAGAACCACAGUUAGUUAAAUAUUUUUACUGAUUUACUUGAUUUGGGGGUGGGCAACUGCCCCCUGCCCCCCCGCUUGGCUACGCCCAUGUGAGCACGGUUCAUCUUUUUUUCAGAACUGAUAUAUUGGACCGUAGUUAAAUAAUAUAAGGCAGCCCUCCCAGUUUAAAAGGGGAGAAGAAGCGCCAGAUGUAUUGGAGAUCUCAGUGAGAGGUUUGCUCCCCGUCCCCUCCAAUACAUGGUAAAUAAAUAUUUAAAGUUGAAGUUAGGAAGAGAGAGAGAACGAAGGAAUGGCGACGGUAUAGCGAGAUGUUACAAAUCAAGGCCUCCUUAAACGGGGGAAGGGGGGCUGGGACUCCUCGCUGUCUCCCUUCCCGACACCUUCCACGCUUCUCUGUAAUUUCGGUGAUAAAUUUUCCGCGCAAAGGAGCAGCGGGAUUUGGCUGGGAAGAAACCGCUUGGUUUCCAUUCAAGGGCGGCGGCUGCUCUGGCCCCCACCCCCAGCCAAACCGCCCUCUUGAAAUUUUCAGUCGGUAGUUAAUUCAAGAGGGCGACACCUGGAUCCCCUCGCGGGGCUGUUUCGAUGCUUUCUCCUGCCAGAGUCUUUCUCAGCCCCUUUGCAACAACAGCCCGAUUUACUCGAGAGCCAGUCCCGGGACUGUCUGUGGGAUUCCUUGGAAAUCGCCCCCCACCUUAAAUGAAAGGUGCCAAUGAGUAAGCCAUUGGACUCAGCGGGGUUACUCUCAGACUGAGUACACCUUAGGGUCCCACCCCAAGGACCCGGAAACCGCUUAAGCUGCGGUCUGGUUGACGUGAGAACGCAGGUCCUUUGCAUCGUCUAACCUUAAUGCGCAGUUAGUAGCACCCAGCGUUUGGCGCAGUAUGCAAAUCUUCUGGGUGGCGUUUAGAUCUGUGAACGGCCAUUCACACGUGCCUAUGGUCGGGUGGUGUGUAGGACUGAUACUGAGCGCAAACUGAGUCUGCAAGGAAGGAGGCGAGUGGGAUUUCUAAGCCGUAUGUCACUUUUGCCUUUUCAAAGCCAUCUUUGUUACAUUUGGUCGUGUAGUCACGACCGGUGUGUGAGAGAUGUCGCCAUUAUGCCCAUUUUUUCAGACGAGAACUAAGUGUCCAGUAAAUGUGCUCCCAGUUCUGCCGGGUUUGUGCCAGACUUCUAAAAUCAGCUGUUACACGCUUUAAGGCUCUAUGCUGUAAUAUAUAGAGUAGGUAAAAAGGAGGUACGACAAGCCUAGCAGGACCCAGAGGAGAUGUUAGCGACCGGGUGCAAGCGCGGUGUGCCUGGAAGCGAUGGCAAUGCUAGGAAGGCUGAGUUCACACGUGCGUGAGCAUCACUUGACAGCUCUGCUCUUGAAUGCCUGAACUGGCUCUGCCUGGUGUCUGAGGCCGUGACAGGUUACGCGAAGCUCUUGCUGUUGGGCCAAUGCCGGCCCGUCCACACGUGCAUGUCAUCGCGUGAUAUUGGAGGGACGACCGGGGUCUUUUCUUUCAACAUGUGCACAAAUGUCGAGAAGGAGUCAGUCUCACAGUAAUUUUGAUUAUCAAAUGUAUGAUAAUCUCCACCAACCGCAUCUCUACUUUUGUUUCCUCCAAGUUGUCCAUUGUUACUGCCCGCCAAGGACAGAUGAUGGGGCGGGGGGGGGGGAGUUCCCCCUACACUUGGUUCCUCUGGUGCCCUUGCCAGGGUGUGUGCGCGUUUUGGGGGGCGGGGGCGGAAUCAGCUCUCACCCUUUGCCUUUCCUCUUUCCUGGGCACAGGAGACGAGGUGGUCAGCAUUGACGUCACCGGGACUCAACUGGGGGAGAAAGACAUUGGGAACCUCGCCAGAGGUAAGAGUGCCUUUUUGGUGGUUUUGCUGGACGAGGGAAGGGGGCGGGGAGAGGAGCGGGGCCUGCGCAAAGAAGGUCGAGGACAGUGGGAAGCAUCUAAGGAUAACUUUCACAAAGGGCUAAUCCACAGCGAUUCUUCCCCCUCGGACUUCCUCCCCUGGUAUCUUCUAGCUCAGUUUCCCCCCACCCUGGUGCCCUCUCGAUGUUGUUGGACUACAGCUCCCAUCAGCCCUAGCCUGCUGGAGUCCAACCGAAGUGCUUCUUCGCGCAGCGUGCAGUUAAACUGUGGAACUUACUGCCACUGGAGGAAGUGAUGGUCACCAACCUAGAUGGCUUUAAAGAGGACUGGAUAAAUUCAUGGAGAGAGGGCUAAUCGGUGACUGCCAGCCACGAUGACUAUAUUCUUCCUCCACAGUGGGAGGCAGCAAUGCUUCUGAAUCCCAGUUGCUGGAAACCAGAGGAAGGGAGAGGGCUCUUAUGGUUAGAUCCUGCUUGCGGGUUUCCCAUCUGGUUGGCAACUGUGAGAUCAGGAUGCUGGACUAGAUGGGCCUGAUCCAGCAGACUCCUCUUACAUUAACCAACUGACCGGGCACCAGACCGGGGAGAGACUGUAGCUCUUCUUUUCUUAUUAAAUACAUGCCUUGUUAUUUACACAAACUCUCUCUCUUUUCCCGUCGUCUGCCUACAUCCAGUCUCUCUUGUCUACACUCCGUAGCCCAAACGUCUCCCUCGCUCUUCAGUCACCAGAUGAAGCAAACGCGCUCCCUCCCGCAUUUCGCUACCCCCCCCCCGGUUUUUCAUUCACGUUUCUAGGUCAGGAGACCCUGUUGGCUCGCCUGCCUGUCUUAAUGUAGAUUUGAGAGGGACAUAUUAGCAGCGAUUCCUCGAGAUCUGUGGCCCAUCGAACCUAAUUUCUAGAUCUAUCUAUCCAUCUCUGGGGCGGCGGCGGGGGGAGCCCGUUCAUAAUGCGCAUUGACAGCCUCGCUAUGGGUUUCUGCUGUGGUAUGGAAUGGAGAGAUUGAAAGGGUCUUUUGUCAGUAUCCAAGCAGGAGAGUGAGAUGGGUGGUUCCUCACCGGGUUAGGGCGCAUCUGGAAGGAGGAUCUUUACCUCCUCAGCCCAGAUUUGUAGCUGGGGUUCAAGGAAACCCGCUGACCUGGGACUCAAGGGGCUUAGUUCUGAGUAAACAGGCGUUGGAUUGCGCUGGUAGUGAAGAUGCAUUGAGCGUAUUUGUUUUGUUUUGUUUUGAUUUUCUUUUAAAAUAGCAACAAUCCGAAAUUAGAACAAUAGCUUUUGACGAAUUUAAAUGCCCUAGCUGUCAAUCUCCCUCUCUCUCUUUCUCUCUAAUAAAAUCUCUUAUAUUAGGGUUGGACUAGAUGACCCUUGAGGUUCCUUCCAGCUCUGCAAUUAUAUGAUUCCCCAUGGGGAAACGAGAGGAUUGGGGUCCACCUACCCCGACUCUCCCUCUGGGCUCAACCCAAUAUUCUUUUCUUCACAGAUGAGUUGCAAAAACUCCUCAUGGAGCAAAUGGAGCUGAGGAAAAAACUGGAACGGGAAUUCCAAAGUCUGAAAGGUAUAUCCACCGCCUUCCUUAAGUCUCUGUAAAGGGCCGCUGUUUCUACAACGAUUGCAAAUAAAACAUUUUAUAAGGGCGAAAUUGCAGGAAGCGGAUUGCAAUUAAUGGAUUGUUGACCAUCCGAUUAAAAUGUACACAAAAGGCCAAGGGAGACACGUUGGUCCAUAAGGGAAAGCAAAGAAACCUCUAAAAUCCACAGUAGGGCGAUACCUUUAUUAGGAACAACGAACAGUUUUAGGAAAGAGUGCGGAAGCUUUGGAGCUCUCCAGAAUUCUUCAUCAGGCAAUCUUGCAUGGUACCUGAUGAAGAGUUCUGGAGAACACUGAAGCUUGCCACUGUUUUGUAACCUUUCGGUCGGUCCUAAUAAAAUUUAGUUGUGAGUUUUGAAGACUAAAUGCGGGUUUCACUUGCGAAGUUUGCAUUGGCUUACUUGCCCAAACAGGUCUUUGCCUGCCCUUUGCAGCUGAGCGCAACCCUUUCCAAGUCCGGUCCAAAUAACACCGAGCUGACCGGCAAGCUUUCAGCAUCUUUAGGGGAAAUCGGAGUUUAGUUGGAAAGCAGAAAUUAAAACCCUUCAGCCAAUUGAAGGCGCCAGGAAUUGAUAUCUGAUAUUCCGCGCUCUUGCCGUUGCUGAAGCAGCCGAUCGAUUAUUAAUUUGCUAAUUUAUAGGUUAACUCUUUCGCGCCUUUGCAGAGUUUCUGCUUGGCUCGAAUGGUUUUGAGCCGAACUGCUGUAUCUGUAAGGCGGAUUAUUUGGAGGUACCUGAACUUCCCACCCCGAAAGGCAGGGGGAAUUAGAGGACAGAGAGAAAGGAAUCUCCUCUUCCAUUCAUUCCCAGCACACAAACCUCUUUACCUGGGAGUAAUUCCCAUGAAACGCCCUCAGUUCUAGGAAGUGGGUUCCAUGGAAAUUAAUUUGACUCAUUCCAGAGUAAUCGAGAUAUCGAUGUUAUUGAAGGGUGUGGAGGGCGUCAUCCUCGUCGGGUGUUUAAUCUGUAGCUGAACUGGAAUUAAAUCUUGACCUGCCCUCUAAAAUAGCAGGACCGCUCCUAUCCUCAUAAAUUACGAGCGUAAACAAUUUCAAACUCGUUAUAAUUAUGAGGUUUAAAAUUAUUGUUAACCGCUACCAUGAAGGGAGGGCAACAACAACAACAGGACUGAAAAUCGCUUUUCAUGCAGGUGGAGCGCGCAUUCCUCCAUUCAUACAUCGCCCCUCAAUUAUUCUGUUUGAGAGAUCUUAAAGAUGGAGGAAGUGUCACUCAGUCCAUGCAUUUCGAAGGGUGUUUGAUUCGGGUUGCGGACUCCUAUAGCGAGGUCGCUGCAAGGCGGGUGCGACUAUUAGAUACUCCACCCAGACUUUUCUCCAACUUUUCAAGCCUAGCUGGGCGGGGACGGAGAAGGGUCUUGGGCAGAGGAGGCGAGAGGGCCUGGAUUUGGGGCCGGUCUUCAAGGUCGCCCAGACCUCCUUAGCUUUUGUCUUCCCAACCGCUUUCAAAACUGUUCGCUUGUUUACAAGAGCGGCUGCUCCUCCGCCCCGCUUCACACAUUCUCUUUUAAGGGAGGUCAGACGCCAAGAUUCCUUUAAAGGACAGCAGGGGAGCACAGAGCGAGAAAGAACCCGGAAUUAGAAGAAAAAGCGCCGCUGAAAUGCUUUCUCUGUAUUCUUGAUUGAUUGUGCGAAUAAACCCCACCAGUUAAUCCGGAUUAAUACCGGAGUGUUUGUCCCUGAAAAAUAAACGGGGAGGGGGGUGUUAAAGGAAAAGAAACCUUUGAGAUUGUUUUUCUGAUUAUGGGAGAAGCGGGGCCGGACGGGGAAAGGAAACUACCAAUUAAUCCAGAUUAAUACAAACCGGAGGUACCACUGUAUAUGGAGGGGGGUGCCUUUGCACUUUUAAACGGAAAAAAGAAGCCAGUUUAGAUGAAAACCUAUAAACGAAAAAGCAUGUCCGAAAUUGUUUCUGUGUCUUUUGGAUUGUGGCGGGGGUCUGCAGUUAAUCCGGAUUGAUACAUUCAGAAGCGAGGGAACAACGUUUGUAUAUAUUCGCUUCGCCGGAUUUCCUUUUUCCCGGGAGUAACAGAUCCCUUUUUAAACCCCACAGAUAACUUUCAAGAUCAGAUGAAGAGGGAACUGGCCUACCGCGAAGAAAUGGUGCAGCAACUGCAAAUUGUGCGGGGUACGGGGAUGAUUUUCCCUCCCUCUCGUAUCCCAUAAUUACCCAAGCCAGAGCUAGCCAGUAAAGCCAAACAAGGAGAAGCCACCCUUCCCUUUCUGUUUGCAAAAGGGUGACGACGACGAUAAAUAAUAGUGGAAUUGUGGCUCAGUGGCAGAGCCUCCCUGCCUGGGACUCUGGAGAGCCAGUGUGGUGUAGUGGCUAAGAGCGGUGGACUUGUAAUCUGGUGAACCGGGUUCGCUUCCCGCUCCUCCACGUGCAGCUGCUGGGUGACCUUGGGCUAGUCACACUUCUCUGACGUCUCUCAGCCCCACUCACCUCACAGAGUGUUUCUUGUGUGGGAGGAAGGGAAAGGAGAUUGUUAGCCGCUUUGAGACUCCUUAGGGUAGUGAUAAAGCGGGAUAUCAAAUCCAAACUCUUCUCUUCUUCUUCUGCCAGGUCAUGUAGACAAUACUGAGCUAGAGGGACCAAUGGGUCUAAGACGAUAGGAUGCUCCUAAUAAUAUGUGACCACCUAAGUGUUUCUGCUUGUUUCUAAGACUUGCUUCAGAUCGCUCCCCCUCCACAGGAUUGCUGUGGGUCAGAGACGUGGGCAUUCCAACCUUUUCUUUAAGCUCCUAAAACUCAUAGGGAGCAGCCUUAUGCAGAGUCAGCCCAUGGUUCCAUCAUGAUGUAGCUCAGGGAUGUUUUCAAUAUAAAUAUAGGUUUGUUGAUUUCCAAUUUAUAGCAACAAUGACAAAAAAAGGCGGGGAGGGAAUACAACUAGUUCAGUUUUGCUGACACUGCUUGGUAGUGGCUUUGCUUGUUUAUUAGACAGAGGACUUCCUGAUCCUACCUGGAGAUGCCAUGGGACCUUUUGCAUGCAAGGAGGAUGCUUGACUGCUGAGCUAGACCCUUUUCCAGAGCAACAUGGCAUUGCUUUUGCUGCAAGAAGUUAGCAGGUCCAACCCUCCUUGCAAAUUGUUUGCUGCUACAAUAAGCAGCAAUUAGCAAAGCCUCUCUCCUUAAAAACUUCUACCUUUUUAAGGUGGCUACCUUAAAAACUUCAACAGUUGUUGCCUUUCACUUUCUUUUGGGGUCACAGGAUUCUUGUCCCCUUUCCAGCUGGGCUGUCAAAGCAUAUUGUAAGGCAGUGUUUUCCAAACUUGGGUCUGUUUUUGGACUACAGUUCCCAUCAUCCCUAAACUUUGGUCCUGCUAGCUAGGGAUGAUGGGAGUUGUAGUCCAAAAACAGCUGGAGAACCAAGUUUGGGAAACACCAGUGCAAAGGAAGGCAGAUUAUUGGGGCCUUGAGAGAUGAAAGGCAGUGUGGCCAGACAGGCUGUGUGUGGAUCAAAUACCCUUUCAUCCCCUCUCCCAAAUCUCCACCCACCCUCUCUCCUCUUUUCUUUCCAGAUACCCUGUGCAAUGAGCUGGACCAAGAAAGGAAAGCUCGCUACGCCAUUCAGCAGAAGCUAAAAGGUUGGUUGGAAAUGCGGGGAAACUUCCCCCUCAAACUGCUGGUUUGGUGGGGCAGUAUCAUCUGUAUUUUAUGCAUCGUCAGAAUUUCGUGUCUCUGCAAAAACGUCUCACUGGAGGGACUCCCCUCAUCAGUAUCAAUGUAGUUAUUCAAUAGCAACAGCAAUAUCUUGAGUAUAAAGGUAAAGGUAAAGGGACCCCUGACCAUUAGGUCCAGUCGCGGAUGACUCUGGGGUUGCAGCGCUCAUCUCGCUUUACAGGCUGAGGGAGCCAAUGUUUGUCUGCAGACAGUUUUUCUGGGUUAUGUGCCCAGCAUGACUAAGCCGCUUCUGGCGAACCAGAGCAGCGCACGGAAAUGUUGUGUACCUUCCCCCCGGAGCGGUACCUAUUUAUCUACUUGCACUUUGAUGUGCUUUCGAACUGCUAGGUGGGCAGGAGCUGGGACUGAACAACGGGAGCUCACCCCGUCGUAAGGUUUCGAACCGCCGACCUUCUGAGUCCUAGGCUCUGUGGUUUAACCCACAGCGCCACCUGCAUCCCUGAUAUCUUGAGUAUACUGAUAUGUAUAUUAUCAGAUUGUCAGCAUCAUCAGAUCCAUUUAAAUUAUCUCCCACCUUUGCUCCAAGAAGCUGGACAAACAAAAAUAGCAGCAGCAACAACAACAACAUGUAUUUGUAGCCCAUCCAUCUGACGGUUUCCCCAGCCACCCUAGACAGCUUCCAGCAUAUGCAGAAUAUAGUUCUCUUCCCCAUUUUAUCCUCACAACAAGUUUGUAAGGUAAGGUAGGCUGAGAGCUGGAGACUGGCCCAAGGUUACUCAGUGACCUACAUGGCUAUGUGUGAGGAUCUGAACCCUGGUCUCCUAGUCCAGGACUCUAACCACUGCACCACACUGGCACAGAUUAUGCUCAGGGGCUUGUCUGGAGCAGAAUAGGUGCAAUAGGCAUCAAUCUUGUGUAUGGGACCUUUUCAUUAGUCAAAGUGCCUCACAGAUUGACGGUCUCUGUCUCCCUUUGAACAGCCCACAAAGGAACUAAUGCUGGAUUAGGACCUGGGAGACAGGGGUUCAGAUCCCCACUUGGACAUGAAGCUCACUGUGUGACCUUGGGCCACUGCCUAACCUACCUCACAGGGUUGUUGUGAGGUUUAAAUGGGGGGGGGGGGAGGAAACCAUGUACACCACCUUGAGUUCAUUGGAGGAAAGGUGGGAUAUAAAUGCAGCCAAUCAAUCAAUCAAUCAAUCAAUCAAGGCGAUCAGCUUGUUUCUAAGGCUCAUUUCAUUUGGGCAAUAAGCAGCUCCAUUCUAUGCACAUUUAUUCGGAAGCAAGUGCCACAGAUUUCAGUGACAUUUGAAGGCCACGAUCUCUUAUCCACUUACCUGGAAGUGAAGCCCCACUGAACUCACCAGGGUGUGCUUUUGUCUAGGCAAGCAGUCUUUACCAAUCUGGUCCCCUCCAGGUGUUUCGAGCAACAACUCUCAUCAGCCCCAGCCUGCUGAGUUGCGGUCAAAAACUCCUGGAGGGCACCAAGCUGGCCCUAUACCAACAUAUAGGAUUACCCCUUUUAAGAAAGUAUAAGGCAUUUAUGCCUCUUUUUUCCUCCUUCCAAGUUUCUGUGGUUUCUUGUCCUUCAGUCAUGGAGGUGAAGAUACAGAGAGGGAGGGUGGCUUGAUACAUUUCCAAGUCAAGUUAUUAAUAACAACAAUAAAAAUAUAAAUACUAUUUUAAUAAAACCCAGAGGUAAGAUUUAAAAGGGAUGUAUGGUUGUUGACGAUGAUGAAGAUGAAGAUAAUAAUAAUAAUAACUUAUUUAUAUGCUGCCCAUCUGACUGGGUUCCCCCAGUCACUCUGGGAGACUUUCAACAAAUUAAAACACAACAUCAAACAUAAAAAACUUCCCUGAACAGGGAGGGCUGUCUUCAGAUGUCUUCUAAAACUCAAAUGAUUGUUUAUCUGUUUGACAUCUGGUGGGAGGGUGUUCCACAGGGCAGGAGCCACUACCAAGGAGGCCCUCUGCCUGGUUCCCUGUAACCUCACUUCUCCCAGUGAUGGAACUGCCAGAACGGAACCUCAGAGCUAGAUCUUAGUGUCUGGGCUGAAUGACAAGGGUGGAGCCGCUCCACCUCCAGAUUGCAUGGACCUCAAGAAGAUUAAGCCUUCCUGGCUGUGAUCUUGAAGGGUUUGGGGCCCUAAGGGUGUGUGCAGUGGGGUUCCUGGAUGCUCAAUUGCUUAGGGAGAGGGAAGAUAGAGGGUCCCCCACCCCAUAUUGCAUUACCCCUGGCUCUGAGGGUGCCUAGUCAAUGUGUCAAGAUUCCCCCCCAACAACACCACUCAGCUGUCAAGGAGUUUUAAUCUGUGCUUGGCCACCUAAUCAUAGAAUCAAACCCACUGAAAUGCAGUCUAUUGUUGUUUUAACUUUGUGAAACUUUUAAACAGCUGAGUUUUUCUUAUUGAUAAUGACAUUGUUUUAUCUUUUUUGUAAAUCGCUUUCAGAUUUGCUUUUUGCUUUUACAAUCAAGCGGCAUAUAAAUUUUAUGAAAUAAAGAAGAAAACCAAACAUGGAUUUUAACACUCCGUUUUCACCGAUGAGUUUUGGGGCGCGGGGGACUGGCAUGUGGGACGACUUAUAUUGCGUUUGACUCUCUCUCUCUCUCUCUCUCUCUCUCUCUCUCUCUCUCUCUCUCUCUCUUGCACCCCGCUCCACAGAGGCCCACGACGCGCUGCACCACUUCUCCUGCAAAAUGCUGACUCCCCGCCACUGCACCGGGAACUGUUCCUUCAAGCCUCCUUUGCUGCCCCAGUGAGCGACCCUCCCCACAUCCAGCGCCCUCCCUCCCCGCAAAAGUCUGGGGCCGAAGCCGUCGCUGCUAGAGAAGCGUGGAAGCGGGAUGGGGGGGGGGAGGGGCGUGCGUGCCACACAAACUCACACUCAAGAAAUCCUGGACGGGGAGGACGCCCGCGAGACACUAAGCCAUGCCUGAAUCGAAAGAAGCAGAGCUGUGUAAAUAAGACAGGCGAGGGAAUCCGGAGUGACCUGCGCUCCAUUCCCCGCCCCCGUCGUGUAAAUAGAGGCUGCGUCGGAUUGUUCCGCCGAUGGCAUCGGGACCACAGGCAGACUGAAAAGACCUCGGAGAGGGUGGAGGGUAAGGAAGGCGGGAGAGGGGGCGGAGGCGAGCUCCUUUGA